AAUUUGCAGAUGAUCAUGGCCCCAAUGAGCAAUGCAGAACGGCAACAAUUAUUUCGUGCCCGCCGCAAUGCUGAUCCUGUGAGGAGGCAGCAGUAUCUAGAAAAAGAACGGCAGAAAUGGAGACGAGAUGUAGAAACAGGGAAGAAGUUACUCAUCAGAGAUCUGAAUGAGAGGGACCAGCGACAGCUAAGAAAAAAGUGGAGAGAACAGAAUGCAAGAAGAAAGCAGGCAAAGGAUAGGAUGAAAGCUUUUGACAGCCCUCCUGAGAGCCCUGAGGUUUUCCAACCACAAAAUGCCGAGAGGGAGCAGGCAGGACCUUCAAGAUUCCCCAUCAGCAAGCCUCAGUUAGCAGAGCAGUGGGUGCGAAGCCUCGGGCGAAAAAACUUCGUCCCGACCACUAACUCAUGUCUGUGCUCGGAGCACUUCCUGUCCGAUUGCUUCCGCGAUUACAACGGAAAACAGUUCCUGAGGGAAGAUGCUGUCCCGACGAUUUUCUCACACACUGCCAGGGAGGGGGCAGACGGAAUAAAGAUCGAAUUACGAAAAAACCGUGGCGGAUUGUGGUCAAAAGAGGAAUCUCGUCCCGGUUCACUUUCUGAUGGAGGCAAACAGCAGUUCACAAAGGACAGGAGACAAGUCUCACGAGAUUCUGGCCAAAAGGGAAAAAUGGGCAAUGACGCAUACAGGAGACGUGGAGGGGUGAAGGUCUCAUCCAACGACAGGCAGGUCAUGACGGCUAAGAGCAAAGUGUACGACAGCCGAGGUCUGCUGAUCUCCUGUGGCAGAGACCUGUGCGACUGCUUGGAUGUGGACUGCAUGGGCUGCUUCUACCCCUGUCCCGAAUGCGGCUCUCGUAAGUGCGGCGUCGAGUGCCGCUGUGACAGGAAGUGGCUGUAUGAGCAGGUGGAAGUGGAAGGAGGCGAGAUCAUCCGGAACAAGUUCGCAAGCUAACUAGCGAGGAAAGAAAAUUGAGAUGGUGUUGGGGAUUCAACGCUUGGUGUAAAUGUUAAGGUCUCGAUUUUGUACUAACUUUCAUCUAGUUCACGUAAAGGUGUAAAAGGACUCAAAAGGCCAAAUGGUCAUCCAGAGACGUUGCUAGCUUUUGGGUUUGUAGUUUGGAUAUAAGGAGAGUUUCCGACUAAUGUUAUCAAGAAAUGAAAGAACUGUAAUACUGUGUAGAUACGAACUGAACACGAUGGCAUUCGAAGUUUUUCUUUUUAACUGCAGAACUAUGUUACUGUCUGGAAAACUGAGGAUACUUCACCAGGCUCACUUUCUGCUUUACCUGCUCUUCAUAACGAAGCGAUUGGUCCUUUUAAAAUCCACUCAAAAACAAGUUCUUCCCUUAUGUUGUAAAUUCUGCUGGAAGUCUGAUAUGAAUGAUGUGGAAGCCCAGGCUGCAUCACUCGCUUCAAAGCAGUCAUGAUGUUUACUUUACAGUUCUGCUGUGUGGUAUCGCGUUCCAUUGCAGUUCCAAUAAUUAGCCCGGUUUUCUACAUUUUCUAUAUAAUUAACGAUGACAGUCAUAGUUUGUUAAUAAACCAUCCAUAAGUUACCGCAAUAUCUUAGUCGAAUGAAUUAAAUACAACGUGUCAUUAAAUGUUGAUCAUUUGCUGAACUCUGGUCUCACUGAUAGACUGGUACCAAAAUCCAGAAUUGUGACACCCAAAGGCAUUUUUGAGACAAAGUCGGCAACCAGUCUUAUUUUGUCAAUUUGGGUGUGCC